AUGAACUAUCAGAAUCUAGCCGGAGGAACGACGGUGGCUUCACAGCAGAGCACUGCGCCGUCCUACUCGUACGCGGCUCCAUCAUAUCCUCAACCGAGCCCUCAGCAGAAUGUCCCACUAGCUGCCGCUAGGGAUGCACCCGCUGAUUUUGGUGACAGAGCCGGGGAAAAUUUCUCCAACCCGCUAGCCCAGUUCGCGGCUCAAGCUCCACAGCUUUUCAACGGUGCUCCUCCUCCUCAAGGUCAGCAACAGGGGAACUACAUGUAUGGUGGAGAUGGAGGGAACAUGCAACAACAGGCUUAUUACAAUAACGCGAUGGACUACUCUGGGAACCGAUACAGUUAUGGUGGGUAUAACGGAGGUGGUUAUCCGGCGUAUGGCGGAUAUGAUACAUUUGGAUAUGGCUAUUAUGAAGAUCAGUUGGGCGCUAACCUCAAGGCGGUGCAGUGGGAAAAAUACACUUUGACCGAGUUUCAGAAGCACUUCUAUGUUGAGCAUCCACGGGUUGCGGCUAUGACUCCUGAAGAGGUCGAGCUUGUAAGAAGGAGACUGGACAUCGAAAUCAUACAUGGGGUUGAUGUUCCAAAUCCCAUCACGCAGUUCGAAGAGGCAUGCCUACCAGACUAUAUAAUGGUGGAGAUCCAGAAGGCUGGUUUCGUCAGUCCUACUCCUAUUCAAGUGCAGGGCUGGCCAGUCGCACUAUCUGGUCGAGAUAUGGUGGGAAUUGCUGAAACUGGGAGUGGCAAAACACUAGCCUUUCUAUUGCCAGCUGUGGUGCAUAUAAAUGCACAGCCGUACUUGCAAAAAGGGGACGGCCCGAUUGUGUUGGUCUUGGCCCCGACGAGAGAGCUCGCGUUGCAGAUUAAGGAAGAGUGUGACCGCUUCGGUAGAAGUUCACGAAUUUCCAAUACAUGCUGUUACGGUGGUGUGCCUAGAGGGCCCCAGGCUAGAAUGCUCCAGAACGGGGUUGAGAUAUGUAUUGCCACUCCAGGGCGGUUGAUCGAUUUCUUGGAGUCGGAAGUUACGAAUUUGAGAAGAGUUACUUACCUAGUGCUCGACGAAGCUGAUCGUAUGCUGGACAUGGGCUUCGAGCCGCAGGUUCGUAAAAUAGUUUCCCAAAUAAGACCGGACAGACAAACUCUGAUGUGGUCGGCGACUUGGCCUAAAGAUGUGCAGCAGCUUGCCAGGGAUUUGUGCAAUGAGGAACCAGUGCAUGUCACUGUGGGACAAUCUGGACAUGCUUGCCACAAUAUUCAACAGUUCGUUGAGGUCGUUGAGGAGAACGUCAAAUCAGAACGUUUACAAGCACUAAUGCGAGCAGUUGCCUCUGCCAGUGGGGGAGUUUUCGACGCCAAGGCCCUCAUUUUCACUGACACGAAGCGAUGCGCUGAUGAUAUUACUAGAGUGCUCCGUCGUGACGGCUGGCCUGCCCUGUCAAUUCAUGGUGAUAAGAAGCAGUCUGAACGCGAUUGGGUACUCGCGGAGUUCAAGAGCGGUAGAAUGCCUAUUAUGAUCGCCACCGAUGUGGCUAGUCGUGGCCUUGAUGUCAAGGACGUUAAGUAUGUGAUAAACUAUGAUUUUCCCGGCACGAUAGAGGACUAUGUUCAUCGAAUUGGCCGUACUGGCCGAGCUGGUGCGCAUGGUACUGCGUAUAGUUUUUUCACCGCCGACAAGGCGAAACUUGCCAAGCCUCUGAUUGGUAUUUUGAGGGAGGCGUCUCAACCCGUGCCCGAGGCCCUCGAACGUCUAGCUUUCGCGAGCAAUGGUAUGAAUGAUAAUGGAGGAAAAGGAAAGGGUCGUUACGGCAAAGGGAAGGGAUAUGGAGGCUAUGGAAAAGGGAAAGGAAAAGGAGGAGGAAAGGGCCCUAUGCCUGUGGGAGGAAUGAAAGGCAAAGGUGGUCCUCCUAGCAAAGGCUUCCGCAGUGGCUUCAAAGGCGGAAUGUAAAUGAUAGUACAAAUAAGAUGAUGUUUCUCUCGGUAUGUUGUAAUGUGUGAUGAGGUUCUAUCCUUACUGUCUACCCCUCGCUGGCUUGUCACACUAAGCUUUGACGGUGUAGUGCCAGCCUUGCCCGAUGUCGUAUCUGUUGUCUCCCGUACAAGUCUGGGAACAUACAUGAUUAACGCUUUUCAGAGAGGAUAGUUGUGGGUAUUAUAGGCUACUGCAUGGGUAGGAAUAUAAUCCCUUGUCACGCCUCGAUGUAUUCCUGUUGUAAACAUCAUUUGUACUACUGCAUACGACUGCCCCUCAGUGGGCAUGCUUUAAAGUUGUUCCUCGUUCUCAUAGUAUUAAACCAUUUUUUGGAAAUAACUGUCCUGGCAGUCAUUUCCUGUGUGCACCAUUCAGGCUGGGAGGACAUUUAUGUUCGUCCCUAUGCUAGUUUGGUCGCGCUUACUCUUUCGAGGAUAAGGGCAUGUUCCGGUAUGGGGCGGUGGUUGGCGACAUUUUUAUGACUGCUGCACUAGCUGUCAUUUUCAUCGAUAACUGUUAUU